AUCGACCCCCCCUCCCCCUAUAGUAGCCUCCUGAGGGUCUCAGGUCUCUAAUGCCUGCCUUCGGAUGCUCGACGUAAGCAAGCAAGCGGCGAAAAUACAAUGUUAUCGAUAAGGAAUUUUUAUUGCAGGCCAAAGUGAUCUCCAAGUCCAACAAACCUUUACCUUCACAAGAGGGGAUCAGAACUAACAUGCAUCCAGACUCCCUCGUCUCCUACCUAUCCAAUGCGGGCCUUUCUCAGAGCGAGACCGGCUAGUUCAAGCUGUACAGCUUUUGCAUGCCGUCGAAAUGCCUUCUCAACAUCUAGCCUCAGGGCUCGUAAGAAGUCCCGCCAGUCCAAUGCGCCCAAGACCUUCAGCAGCGCUGGGUUCGAAAGGAUCACCUCUGACCUCGCCUCCCGUUUGCAAGGUUCGGCCGACACCACCGGCACGAGCAAAGAAAGACACAGGACAGAGGCGACCAAGGCGUAUGGCGUCUUCCGUCAGCUUUCCCUCAACAAAUACGAUCAAUUGAUGAGCGGAUCAAGGGGUUGGGAUGCUAGGAAAGAGGAUUACAUGGCAUUCGGUGUCGAGACGCAGUUUGACUUCAACCGGGAGGUCAAAUUAUUCAGGAAUUUAAUUGAGAAAGCUUGCGACCUCGCUAGCGAACAUCACGCCAUAUCGAAGAACGAAAAUCCCCUCUUUGCGAAGUUACGUGGUGCUUUCGUCGAAGAGGAUAUUUAUGGGCUCAUCGCCGAGUUAACAUACGGGUUUCAAACCUUCCUGAUGCGCUCGAGAUUUCCGAAAAAUAUUGCCGAUACCCAGCGGGAGAUCGCCGACUCCCGGUAUCCGUGGGAAUGGUUCCCCGCGACCAGGGCUUUACAGCGCACGAUUCAUAUCCAUGUUGGUCCAACGAACUCGGGGAAGACUUAUAAUGCCCUCAAGGCGCUAGAAGCAGCCAGAUCUGGCAUAUACGCAGGUCCGCUCCGGUUAUUAGCACACGAGGUCUACACGCGGUUCACGGCCAAGGGCAAGAAGUGUGCUUUGAUCACCGGCGAAGAACAGCGCAUUCCAGAGGACGAGGAUAAUUUUUUCCGCAGCUGCACGGUCGAGAUGACCCCUCUCAAUUUGCCGGUGGAUGUUGCCGUUAUCGACGAGAUCCAAAUGAUCGGCGACUCCGAAAGAGGCUGGGCUUGGACUCAAGCGUUCCUCGGUGUUCAGGCCAAGGAGGUUCACCUCUGUGGCGAAACACGCGCCGUAGACUUGAUAAAGUCUCUUUGCGCUACUAUAGGCGACAAGUGUAUCGUCCAUGAGUACGAGAGGCUCAGUCCGCUGCAGACAAUGGAUAGAAGCCUAAAUGGGGAUCUCCGGAACCUGCAAAAGGGCGAUGCCGUGAUCACGUUUUCGAGGGUCGGCAUACACGCGUUGAAAAAGGAGAUAGAAAAGGAGACCGGGCGCCGAUGUGCUAUGGUCUACGGAUCAUUGCCCCCCGAAACACGCGCCCAGCAGGCUGCAUACUUCAAUGACCCCAAGAGCGGUUAUGAUUUUCUCGUUGCCAGCGAUGCCAUCGGUAUGGGUCUUAACCUAGAGAUAAGGCGAGUUGUCUUUGAGCAAACACACAAACGUACGAGAACUGGCUAUCGAAUCAUGACGACCUCGGAGCUCAAGCAGAUCGGAGGCAGGGCUGGCCGUUACAAAACAGCUCGCCAAGACAUUGAAUCUCGGGCAGGAUCAGGUUCUGACAAUAAAAAAGGCACCGUGGAGUCCAAAUCUAGGCCACCCGGGCUAGUGACGGCCCUGGAAGACGCCGAUCUAGGCAUUCUCCAGAGAGCAUUUGAUCGCGAAGCGGAACCCCUCAAAACAGCCGGCAUACAACCACCGCCUUCUAUGAUAGAGCGAUUCCACUCAUAUUUCCCUCCCAAUACGCCCUUCAGCUAUGUUGUGUCCCGUCUUCGAGAUCUCGCCCAAAUGUCUCCCAGGUUUCACAUGUGCUUCUUGGGGGAGGUGCUAGCAGUUGCCGACUUAAUCCAACCCUAUCCCAUGUCGGUUUACGACCGGUGCGUCUUUUUGAACGCCCCGGUGUCCCUAAGGGAGAGAAACGGCGCACAAGUACUGCAAGCCUUCGCAAGAUGCGUUUCCAAUAUGGGAGGAGGCGAUCUUCUCGAUAUCCCAGAGAUCUCAUUGGAGGUUCUCGACCUUUCUGCCGAAGAUUUGGACAUCACCAAAGCCGAGCACUUGCGAGAACUCGAAGCCCUCCACAAGACAAUAACCCUCUACCUCUGGCUUACCUACCGAUACUCCGGCGUUUUUCGUAGCCAAAGCCUAGCCUUCCACGUCAAGGAGUUGGUCGAGGACCGAAUCAAUACUCAACUCCUCCACCUUAAUCUUACCGGAGCUAAGCGUAAGGCGAGAACGGAUGCUAUCAGGGCGCAAGCCUUACAAUCUGAGCGUAAAUUGAAGAGGGUGCUCGGCGAGGAAGAUAAGGUGGACCCUCCUCAGCAUGAAUUGUCUGGUGCUUGGAACGAGGAGGGACACGAAGAGCCCCUAUACGACCCCUCGGAACUAGAACCGGCUCCUCAAUCGCCGCCCGUUCUAAAAGGGGCGCAAGGAAGACGCCAUCACAAAGGCCAUUCGCACAUACACGAGCGAAGACAUAGGCAGGACACAGAUACUGCGGUGCAGAUAUGAAAUGUAGAAUAAUGUACAAUAUACGUAGGGGCCAACCCCAAACUAUGGCGGGCUCCCAGUUCCCUAUAAGGAAAUGCAUCACAACUUCUCCAGAAAAUAUCCUGUCCUUCAUGGCACACUAAGCUCCUUCGCUACCUACCCAGUCCCUCCUCCGGUCUCGUCUGCGAAUUUCAUUUUACAGAGGUGUCACGUAGAAGUUGAACCAGACUAUAUAAGUCUCCA